AUGGUCUGUUGGAUAUUGAUGACACAAGUGACCUCCUCCUGUUUGUCAGUGCUUACCCGAGGGGCCUUGUUAUCCCCAGAGUUAUUGCUUUCUAUCUCUGACCUUCUUUUGUUUGUUGCCAUGAUUUUUAUUAUGAAUCGUUUUUCCCUUUCAUUCUUUUUCUCCCUCACGUUUUUAUUUAUUUUCUGUUCACUUUCUUUAAGACUUCUUUCUUUCUUUCUUUCUUUCUUUCUUUUUUCUUUUCUUUUCCACUAUUUUUCUUUAUUAUUAUCACCUUCUCUUUUAUUUUCCGCCACUCUCGUUCACUCUCUCUUUACAUUCCUCCGCCUUUUGCUUUUUUCCUCCACGUCUUCUUACAUUUUUUUUUUGCCACAUCUUGCUCCUACAUUGCUCCAAUUCUUUCAUUUUCAUCCGUUUGUUUAUUUUAUUUUCAAUGUCUUUCUUCCUCCACAUCUUUUUUGCUCCACUUUUUACAUUUUCCUCCAUCUGUUUAUUUUACCAUAUCUUUCUUCUAUUUCCCUCCAUUUCUUUAUACUUUCUCCCUUCUGUUUUUAUCUUAUUAACACCAUUCUUCUAUUUUCACAUACUUCUUUUCUUUUUUUUUUUACUUUUCUCCAUUUAUUGUCAUUUUUCCAUACUUUUCUUCUAUUUUCUUCCACUUGCUUUUCCCUCCACUUGCUUUUCCCUCCACUUAUUUCUUUUAUUUUUCCAUAUCUUUCUCCUAGUUUGCUCCACUUAUUUCACUUUCCUAUGUUUUUCUUCCAUUAUUUUUUUCCAUCUUAUUUGUUGCUCUUCCUUCUCCCCACACCGAUAACUUCUAUUUUCAUUCACUUUUUUAAUUCUAUUUUUAUCCUUUUAUUUUUCUUCAUACCUGCGAUUUUCCUUUCUCUCCUGUUUUCUUUUACUUUUUCUUCUAUUUUCCUCCACUUCUAUUUUCCUCCACUUCAUCCAUUUAUUAUUCUUUCUUCUCUCCUAUUUUUACUGAUUACUCUUUCUCUCUCCCCACAUCUCAAUUUACUUAUACUCUCUUUUUCCCCCAUUUUCUUUUUCUGUUUUUUCUUUCAUUCUACUUUAUUUUCAUUCUUUUUUUCUACGUUUCUCAUCUUUACUUGUCCCCUUCUUCGGGUCACAGAAUGGUCAACAUGGAGGGAAGUGGGGGAUGAAACGGAAAUGUGCAAUUGCUUCUUGGAUAAUUCUACCAGCAUUCUUUAUCGCUUUCUUUCCGUCCUUCUCCGGUCUUUGAGCUGCUGGCCUCGCGACGCCUCUUUUCAAAACGUUGGGUACGUACUUGUAAAACAAGUAUCUAUCCGACUUUCGUUCUUUCAGAGUGAAUGUUGCUUUUCCAGAAAUUCUUCACAUUCUUUGACGCAUUACUCUUCCAAAAUUUUUUUUUAUUUCUUCUUUUCUCGUCAAAUUCUUAUCCGUAGAAGAAUAAUUUUUCUCUCUUUAUUUCCUUUUCUUCCUGUCGUUACUUUCUUUGAACAAUUUCUCUUCCUCUCCCUACUUUUACCCUUUUCUUUGCUUCUCCUUUUUGCCUUCUUUCUUUUUUGGUCACUUCCUCUAUUGAUCUUUUUUUUCUUCUCUUUUACUUUCUAUCUCUCUAUUUCCAUAUUCUUUUUCUUUUUUAUUCUUUUCUCCCUUUCAUUGAUACAUAUCUUUCUAAUUCGGGAUCUCAAUUUAUCUUUCCUCUCUCUCAUUUUUUGUCUCUCUUUCCAUAAUCUUUCUUUCUCUUUUCUUUCUUUUCUCCCUUUUUUUCGAUUUUUUAAUACUUUUUCCCAUCUUUCUUACAGUCGCUGUCUAAUCAACAGACAUCCUCUUCAUCUGAGGAAAUUAUUUAUUCUAUCUCUACAUUGGUUUAUUUUCUCUUCUCUUAAGAUUUUUGUAUAUCCUUUGAAUCCAUAUCUCAAGCCUUCAACUUAUAUCCCUUCUCUCUUUACACUUCUUUUCCUUUCAUCACUCUACAUAUCUUUCCCUCUCUCUCUUUUUCCUUCGCCCUUUCUCAUUAUGCAUCGACAUAAAUAUUUUUCCUCACUUUCUCUCUCUCUCUAA